AUGACCGAUCUCUACAUGUCCGAUCUCUACAUGACCGAUCUCUACAUGACCGAUCUCUACAUGUCCGAUCUCUACAUGACCGAUCUCUACAUGUCCGAUCUCUACAUGUCCGAUCUCUACAUGUCCGAUCUCUACAUGUCCGAUCUCUACAUGACCGAUCUCUACAUGUCCGAUCUCUACAUGUCUGAUCUCUACAUGACCGAUCUCUACAUGACCGAUCUCUACAUGUCCGAUCUCUACAUGACCGAUCUCUACAUGUCCGAUCUCUACAUGUCCGAUCUCUACAUGACCGAUCUCUACAUUUUGAACUAUGCAGAGUCACUCACAGACUUUUACAUCUUCAUAGAAACAACGGUCUACAACAUAGACUUUGGACGAGUGAAGGAAAAGCCCAGAUUCAAAGAGCUCAAGGAUCUAAAAUGCUGGAGCCCCAAGAUUCUAUCUAAAGAGUCUGGACAAUGUUUGUCUGUUUCUUCUGUAAAGGACAACAUUCCAGUUCUGCAGCACUUUGCCAACAUUUAA